GCAUGUUUAUGUGGUAUUCCUGUUUACCGUGUAACUAAUUUGACAGAAGUCCGAUCGAAAAAAAAUAUUGUCGCUUGCUUGGACAUUUUUGAAAAAUUGCAGUGUUUUGUUCAAUAGUUUCCUAACAAUAUCGUGAAAUAUCAGGUGUCUUCCCGGCGAAUGAAGCAUUCUCAACAAUGAGCAACACAUCAGAACCGGAAAACAAUAGUGACGGCAUUUCUGCUCCUUUGAGCAAUUCUCCAUCAGUUGUGUUCGAAGACGGGUCCCUCAUUGCCCCCGCGGCUUCCGGCGUAAAAGGAGUCCAUCUCCUCGAAGGUGUAGACAGCACAAUGAGUGACGACGAUGGCAAAGUGAUUACAACUCUUGAAACACCGAAAUCCACCAAAGAAAAGGUGAUUAUUCAUAGUCAAACGAUCAUUAAACCGGCCAGAACACCAGAAACGGCCAAAUCCACCAAUGAUCUACUAGCAAAAAUGAAAAGUCGUCUAAGUAAGCAAGUCGAUUUAAGUGUUAUUUCUACUCCAAAACUGCAUCAGAUUGCCGGGUCUCACGAUUCUAGCGGAUCGAUUGAGAUUCCUACAGAUUUGAUCCUAGGUAGCGAUAUUCCGGCGACGCCGGCGGCGACGCAUGCUACUAAAGAGGAACUAGAAGACCACGAUCUGAUUGCUAUCCUGGAAGGUGACGAUGUGGACAUUACGGAAACAGCGACCGAAAUUGAAGUUAGAGUCGGUGGUGGCGACGAAGGUAUGUAUGCUGGAGAGCAACUGUUGGAGGAAAUUCAUAUCUCUAUCGUAGAUGAACAAGAUGUCGAGUCGGAAAAGAAGGAACGGGAACGACAGAUCGCUAUGAGACAAAUGGCCAAUCUUCCGGUUUUGCCAAAAGGUCGCAAACCAGUUAGGCCUGCUAAUGACUGGAAAGGUAACAAGAUCUCAGCAGCAAGGGCAAGUCCUGCAAAGCGAAAUACCGCUAAAUCGGACAUUCGAUCGCCGCAAACGGCACCAAAAUCUGAUCCACUGGAAAUAGUAUCGACUAUUCCUAAAACAGGAAACAUGGAAAUAAAAAGUCCUACUACAAAACCUCUGUUGGCUUCAUCAGGACAAGUUACUAUCAAAGGUCAAACAACUAUCAAGCCUGUCCCCAGACCUAUUGUUAUCAAGACGGAGCCUACCGAUAAGGGGAAUUCUCCAUCUCCAACCAAAAAAGUAAUGGUUCCACCUUCAAAACCUAUUUCCGUUUCAAAACCAUUGGUACAAAAGCCCUCGAUUUCCAAACCAGUGCCCCAAAAACACCCAUUUGUGACAACUACUUUAACGCAUAAAUCACCUUCUAGUUCCAAGAUUGUGACGCAGAAACUUCCAUCAAGUCCUAUUGUGUUAUCCAUAAAGCCGGUUGCUCCAAAGGUUAAUCCUCCUGUGCCUAGACCGAUACCUAUUCCUCAGGUAAAACAGAGCAACAAUGACCUAAUAAGUUCUCUUGUUUCCGAUUGGGAUGACGAACCUUUGAUACCGAAAAAAGAACCAAUCAGUCCGGUUUCUUCCCCUCCUGCACCACGGGUACAACCUGAACCGGUUGCUGCUACAUUUCCUAUGGCUCCACCACCAACAACAUCUGAAGUGCCAGUAAAAAGCUCCCGUGUUAUCAAGAAGAAAAUAAUCUGGGAUCCAGAUAAUCCAGAAACGCACAUGUCAUUCGCGAGUUUUGUUAAAUCCAAUAGGACUAAACCUUUGCCUGAAAGUCCCAAGGAAGAAACAUUCACUCCUCCCGCCCCGAUACGACCUCCCGGAACCGGAAUACGUCGAAAGCGAGCAGAAUCAGUUGCGGUGCAUAUGAUCAAAGAUACUCCACAGUUCGCAUUGCCACCACCACGAAAGCGAGCUCGAACCCCGGAACCGGUUUCUUCAAAGCCUCCGCCGGUUCCAGUGGCACCGAAAAAUACAGCUCGAAAAAAGAAGAGCGAAGUCGAGAAACUUCUCGGAGAUGAAGGGGCAAUCAACAUGUUGUACGACGUCGAGUGUGAGAAUAGCAACAAAGAUUUACUGAAGAAUUCUGACCUCAAAGUAGAUUCGGAUGACGAAGACGAAAAGCUCAUGGCCAAGACAAAAAUUAUAACUGAUGCAGUUAUCAAGCAAGGCCAUUCUCCCAACGACAAUAACACUCACGUACCCCGUAUGAGACAGAAACGCGUUCCAACACCGCAACAACUGUCUACCAGUCCGGCACCACCUGCGACAACUACUUCAACAACAUCGCGUAAAUCAAGUAGUGCUCAAAAUGGCCCUAGCCGCAAACGAAAACAGACAGCCUCAGGCUCAGAUGAUUGGGAUUACGUUUAUAAUUCACGUAAAACCUGCGAUGAUGCGAUGAUUAUUCGACGACGUUCCAACAGUUCAUACUCUAGCUCGACUAGCCCUCGUCGGUUAAGCGUCGAUCAGCCUGGAUCUUCAUCUACCGGAACUCCGCCUGUCGAAUCGCAAGAUAAGCCCAAUUUUGAAUUUAUCAAACCAUCUAAUAAAACUCCACACAAAUCCGACGACAUCCGGCUCGAUUCUUCCCUUGUUGCCAAUAUGAAGGGAAAACUUAGUAAAGCCCUGGGCAGUAAACCCGCUAAGGAUCAGCUGACUAACGUUGCAAGCUCACCAUCAGCAGGGACAACUCCCGCAAUUAAGCAAGAGAAGAAACUCAAAGUGUCCCCCAAAGUGGUUAGUACGGAAGCCACCACAGCGACAUCUCCUGCGACGACAACCGUUCGGGUCGAAGAAAACGGCGCUGGAAAGAGCUGGGAAUCAUUGCUGGAAAAGAUAGCCGAGCUGAAACUGCAGGAGCUCAACUUUAAACGCUGUGGCAACUAUAUGGAGCUCACACUGGCCCCCAAAGAAACAAAGCUGAAGGAUGUAUUCACCAUUGAGUUAAUCAACGAACUGAAAACCGUACUAAACAUGUUAAAGAGUGAUCCCAAUGUGAAGGCCGUUCUUAUGCGAUCUAGUGGCAAACAUUUUUGUCGGGGAAUUGACGUGUCGUACUUGAUUCAGACUAACGCAGAAAAACGAAAAACUGCAGCUCAGGUCUACAGUGGUCAUUUGAGAAAUUUCCUCCAAACAAUGGCAACCUUCAACAAACCGAUUGUAGCAGCAAUUCAUGGCGACUUGGUGGGGCUUGGCGUAACGAUGCUGCCUCUUUUCGACGUGGUCAUCGCUCAAGACAACACCACGUUUCAGACGCCGUAUGGCAUAUUGGGACACCUUCCGGAGGCUAUGAAGAUCUUCACCAAAACGAAGAAUAUAAAACCUAGAGCGAUAACUGAUCUGCUCUAUCUUUGUCGCAAAGUGUCGGCCAAUACGGCACUGGAUUAUGGACUUGUUUCGGAGGUCGUAAACUCCGAAAAAUUUCAGGAUCGGGCUGAGAGUAUCACCAAAAAGCUGGCCUCACUUUCUCAACAGGCACUUAAAUCGAUGAAAGCGAACCUCCGCCAAGAAUUAUAUGCCACAUUGGACGAUCAACUGACGGUUGAGCAGAAGAAGCUUGCCCAGCAGUGGAUAACCACCGAAUGUCAAGAAAAAUUCAAACAAUUCGUGAACCGUGGUGGUGAGUGGUAAUCCACGGUAUCCGGAUGGUCAUGUAAGUCCCAAACUAAACCACCCCGCACCACAUCAUGGGGGUUCGAUCGAGCAAUACAACGUAAGUAUACUGUGCUUUUAUUUCAUAUCUUAGGCAUACAAAGUUUACGCUGAUUUUAUCGCUGUUUAAAAUGUGGAACUAAGAUCGACUUAUUUUCAUUUUUACUCUUUAUUCAAUGGCAUCAAUAUGAAGUUAUCGAUAAUUCAUGAGAGGAAAGUAUAAAUUGACUAUUCGAAGAAAAUUUUGGAAAUUAGAUUCAAAAUUUAUAGGUACAUGUUAUAUUAAGAUUGAAUGGUAUUUACAAUCUGUCAGAAUUCUAUUAAACUAAUUUAGCUGUUUCAAAAGGAA